AUGCCCAAACCAAAGAGCCUACUCAGGGAUUUCAAGCCCAAGAAAAAGGCUGCAAAGCAGGCCGCCCCGGUCACGGCCGAUGAUUUUCUUGCCGGUGAGGAUCGUCCUGGUCCCCGCCUGUUCAGUCACCCAGAGCACACUGGGCAGAAAAGGUUGGGUCGACCGGGCGUGGAAUUAGAAGAGGCGGGCGAGAAAUGGCGCGCCGGCGAUGCGACCAAGUCCAUGCGCUUUUUUAUGCGCGCUAUCGCCAACUACGAUGAAGGGCUGCAGAAGCAUCCCGCGGCUUUUGAUCUGGCCUACAACAAAGCCCGAGUGCAAUACGAAAUCACACAACAUCCCAAACUAGCCGCUCAAUUGCCGGCCCCGCAAAUUGAAAUCUUGCAGAUUGCACUGCAGUCACACCGCGAUGCCCUGGUCCUCGAGCAGGACAAUGCUGACGCCCUCUUCAACAGUGGCCAGGUGCUGACCAGUCUGGCAGAGGCGAUCGCCGACUCCAAGCAUCCAAGCGAGGGCGCCAUAAUGCAGGCCAGCACGUAUUUGGAAGAGGCAGUUGAGCUCUUCCAGCGUUGUCUCAUACUACAAGAGAUGAAGUACACGGAGAUGCAGGAGCAGAUGGAACAGAUGGAGUCGACCGAAGCUCAAGCCCCGGAGCAGCAGGCACCACCCCCGCCACAGCCCCAGCCUUCCGCACCAGAUGAGGCCGAGCCGUCGGAUGAGUCGCAGGAACACUGGGCGGCGAUUGUCGAACCUGUUACCAAGAAUACGCUGGUGGAUACCGCCGUUGCGCAGCUGGAUACCCUGACGGCCCUGUGCAAUCUCCUAACCUCCAACCCCAACGCAGGUGGUCUCGGCUGGGUGCAAGAGUAUUCAUCGGGACUCGUUGAGACCCGCUUACCCGCUUAUGUAGAAGGUUCUGACAGACAGUACGAGGCGGCCUUGUCGAAGGCCAAGCUCGUCUGUGCGAUUCACGAAGUGCUUUACCGGGGUGGCCAUACCGAUGUUCAGACCUACCAGGAGGAAGUCGGACAGGCAUUUGGCUCUGAGUUGGACGUUUCAGCCGACCCAGAGGGAUUGUGCAACAAGGCCGAGGCACUGGUUUCGCUCAAUGCAGCUUUUGCCGAGGUACCGCCCCAUGAGGAUCCCGAAACCCUCCAAAUUUCCAUCUCCGUGCGUUGGCAAUCCCUUUCCGCUGCAUUGGAUGCCUUGACGGCAGCAUCCAAACUUCCCAAUGCCGAGAACCUCCCCAAAAUUCACCUCGCUCGAGGAGAUGUGGAGAUGCAGCGUUGGCGAUUGGGCCGGGAGCCGUGGAAUCAUAGCAUGGCGAAGCAGAAUGGCGCGACACUUUUGCGCAAUGCUCAGACAUAUUACCGCGGAGCCGCAGCUUUGGCUCGUCGUGAUGGCGCCGUGAUUGAAGAGCGGGAUGGGUCGUGCAAGGAGGCAAUUGCGGCAGCGGUCGAGGGCCAGAAUACCAAGUUGCAGGAACUCAAGUCCAGGUCGUUUGAGCAGGUGAUAGCCGUCGCGACUGAGAUGGUGGAGGAUGGAAUGAUCGAAGCCACGGAAAUGGGUGCCCUGAUCUCAUAA